AUGUUUGCAAGUACCUCAGCGGUCCUGGUUGAACACUGCCCGCGACCUAUCGAAGAGCCACACGUGAAGGAGGAUACUCCUGCUCUUCCCUUCCGGCACUUCGUCCCGCUGCCCAAUGUGGAUGCCGCACCUGCCCCCUGGUGCCCGGCGGAAAACAUCGUCUUCAUCCGGAAUGGCCGUACAGUACUGGGGCCUGAGAUGUCGCUGGACGAGCUCGUAUGUGAUAUGCCGAUCAAAGGCGGGUUCGAUCCCGUGCUACUCACUGCGAGAGGGGGUACGAUGAGGCUACUGCUCCAUUGGCCUGGCUAUCUUCAUGAGAAAUUCCAAGAGAUUCAAGUCAUCCGUCCGGACGGCCGGCCCAUUAAGAAAUCCCAACUAGGACAGAUGGUGGCGCGCCACUACAUAGAAUUUUUGAACGGCAUCCCGCCUGAAGAAUGUGUGGACAAGAAUUGGCUGAUGGAACCCGCAAGGAAAAACCCACGGAACGUCAUACUCGGCUCCGUGGACAAUCCCGCAGGGGAUAUACUCGUCGCACAAUUAUAUGUGACGGCGUGA